AUGGACCACGUGGCAGUUCUUGUGUUGGACACUCCUAUCCCAGGUGUAACUGAACAUUUUGGCGACUUCGGCGACAACGCCGUGGAUCUUUUGAAUAGCUUAUCUCUCCCUCUCAAGACUUACCAAAUCGCAUAUUCAGUUUGUGACGACAGGGACGAUUCUGAGUACAAAAAAGUGGCACAGGCGGUUUUGGAUGAUAUUGCUAGCAUGAUUGUGUCUGGCACCGUCAAAGGUGUGGUUUUGACGGGCUCUCGCUCUGACUCUUUUGCAACCAACGUUGGAUGGAUCGACGCUUUGGACCACUUCAUCAAGAAUACCCUCUUUAACUCACCUCACUUGCCAAUGGUUGGCUUUUGUUUUGGUCAUCAGAUCUUAGCCAAGAACAUGGACUGCAAGGUGGACAGAAAUGUUCCAGAACACGGCUGGGAAACUGGUUUGACCACAAUUGAGUUGAACAAAAGCAUCUUGGAUAUCGAGAAGUCGCCUUUCCGUGAAGUUCUCACCACUGAUGAAGGUGAAUUCAUAAAGCAAAUCAACUUGAUUGAGUCUCACGGUGAUGUUGUGUACCACUUACCUGUCACUGAAUCUUCUGCGCAUGCCUUGUUGUCUGAAACCAAGUUUCAGUGUAUCGGAAGCACUGCCAAAUGUUCUGUUCAGGGACUUGUUACUGAGGAGGGUCCAAUCAAAGUGCUUACUUUCCAGGGUCAUCCAGAGUUCUCUUCUGACUUGCUGUUGAAGUUGUUGGAGACUAACCUUGAGAAGGGAACCUUAGACCAUGCUUCAUUCCAGAAGCUGGUUUACAACACCCAGACCUUAGUGAACCAGGGCAGUGUCAUGGCAAAGGCAAUUAUCCAGUUUAUUGAAACUUACAUAUAG